UUGUGCCAUAAACGCAACAUUGCUUUCGCCAACCGUUGCAGGUGUGAAAGUCUGCCGGCUUGUAUUAUUUUUUCGAGAACCUAAAAAUGGUGAUUUCGUCGAUAUCUCUGCUGUUAGUUGUGCUUUCGAUCGUACAGUCUUGUCUAGGGGGUUGUAUAACUACACCAUUACAGCAUGACGUAUCAGAGUUCAAAACAAUACGAUAUUUUUGUGAAUAUGAACACUACGAUAAGAUGCAAGGAGUUACGAAGGUCCGCAUCGGACAGGGUUCUGUCUUUGAGCUCAUCGAUGCCUGUCAAAGAUGCCGCUGUACCAGUCGGGGAUUGGACUGCUGCGACAUUGGACUGCGGGUAGACAUACCAUCCGAAACUAUCCCAAUCGAAUGCCACAUCCGUCAAAAUGGGUGCGAUCAAUAUCUGGUUCUCAAAUCCGACAAUACAACCGAUUGUGCCACCGGUAGGCCCGCCUUGCAAGUUCAACAAGAGCAACAAGAAAGAUAUAGAAAGCGUCAAUAUGUAGAGGAAUUGAUUUACAAUCAUGCAUUGGAUGCAGCCGAGUUGAACUCUGGUGCUAAUGCUGAACAGGAAGAAAAACCAUUACAGCCAUGGGUGCUGAUGGAUUAUUUCCUAAAUGAUGCAUAUGUAGGGCGUAUUCCAUCUCAAGUCAUCGAAAAUCAAACUCCUCCACAGGUAACCGAUGUUCCUCCACGCAAAACAAACAUGGCUGACGCAAAUAUAGACGCUGCUGGGAAAGACCUUGUAAACAAUCUUAGUGGACCGGACGUUGCGCGCUCGGAAUUAAUGGAGAGAAUUAAGAUGGCUAAUAUUGACAACAUUCAAAGACAAAGAUCUCCAACUGGGAACUUGGGCCUCCUCUAUCUAUUGUCAAAGAUUUUAAGUUGAGUUUAAAACUCUAGGAAUCUCAUAUCACAAUAUUCAAUAUUUUGGAAUCCAAACUAUGCGGAGAAAUAUAUAAUUUUUGCUUCUUGAAAGUGACAUUAUUGUAUUUUUACAAAUAGUGCUACGAUUAUACAGUAUAACUUUCAUAGUAGAUAAAUAUUCAAAAUAAACCACGAUUGUGUUUCUAUA